AUGCUCAGAGUCGUGUUUUUUGCUCUUCUCCUCAUCGCCGGCUCGGCGUCGGCUAUUACCAUUAAGUUCGUCAACAAGUGCGAUCAUCCUGUCUGGGCCGCCAUCGCCGCUGCACCGAACGGCGUCCCGAACCCGAACAUCUCGUGGGGUAAGAAGCUCACGCAUGGCGAACACGCCAGUCACAAAGUCUCCGAUACUGCCAUCGGUGUUCGUUCUUGGGGACGCACGGGCUGCAACGAAAACGGUGGCAACUGCAAGACGGGCGCGUGCAACGGCGGUCUGAAGUGCACGGAUGGAGGCAUCACGGCUGGUGUCAUCCUCGGCGAAUACGGUCACGCCGACUUCGGCGCUUGCUGUGGCGGUAAAAGGACGAGCUGGGACCUGUCGAUCGUCGACUCGGGUUUGAAUAUGCCAACCAAGCUGCACUCGUCAGACGGCCAGAGUGUUGCAUGCACCAAGAAGCCCUGUAACCCUGAUAAGGUUUACACGUAUGCCACAGAUUAUGCCGCUGACCGUAACUCGAAGCUUGGAGCCACCUAUACCCAUACGUUCUGUCCUUGA